AAACAACGUCACGAUGGCUCGCUUGGACCUCGUACGGGAACGCCUCGGAGCUCUCUACUUCCUCGGCAGUGUCGCGCUGAGCCUUCUCGCCUUGUCGGCCAUGCAGCCGUACCUCGAGAACGACUACCUCUGGCCGAGCUUUGCGACGAGCCUCGUCUCGACCGCGCUCGUGCAGAUAUUCAAUGCGCAGUUAUCGCUCAUGGCCGCCAACGCUACGUUCGACCUCUUGAACCCAAUCAAUGUCGUGCUGUUGCCGUCAAGAGACGUUCGCAUCGGGGCAGCGUACGCCCGGCGCAUCGUCCAUGAAGAGCUCAAAGCGCCCGCCGAUGCAAUUGCAAGUCUCCGGUCGUACGACGUGGCGGACCUCACGUACCUUAUGAGUGGGUACUGCUGGGCCGACUUGCGCCAGCGCUACAGCCUCGCUCACACGGCCGUGCGCGCAACGCGGUGCGCCACAAGGUAUGGGGCAAAUGGCGCCGUGUACCUCGAAGCGAUCCUGCGCAAUGUCAACUUUGCCGUUUGGUACGAUGCGUUUGGGAGCCAGUUUGACCUGCACAUUGCACAGCCGAUUGCAAAGGACUUUGCGGACGGUCCUGCGUGGGUCGAAGCACUGCAUGCCCACGCGCCGCUUGCGAUUUUAGACGAAGUCGACGUCUGGUCGUCGUACCAGAUCUGGAUCUUUCAGCUCCAGUACGCCAACCGCGUCCAGACAGGACUGCUCGAGACCAUUGGCAUUGGCAACGCUUUGGGGCAGACCCCACGCUUGGCACUAAAAACAAUUCCGAGCGUCCGCCGUGGAUCGUUCUGGACAACAAUCUACCUGUUUGCGGGCCUUCAGACCGAUUUUGCGUCCCUCCAGCCCAACCAGAGUCUCGUGCGCAAUAGCUCCGCGUUUUUUGGCCAUUCGCAUCCCAACCAACUCGAAGACUACAACAACGGCGUACCCCUCAACCUCAUUAGCACCGUGCUGCACGCCGAGCUCGGGCAGCUCACGUCCAUCGACUUGAUGUGGCUGCCGGUGCCAUCACCGCUGCGCGCCGCCGUGCAAGACUUUCAUGUCGCGGUUCAAACAGCCCUCGCUUCGAACCCUGCCUUCCCAACGCUACUUGCGGCCCUUCCGACACUCACAAUGACAUUGACACCCGAGCCGUGGAAAGAGCUGAGCUACCGCUUCUAUGGCGGCAACCCCAUGUGUUCGUUUGGUGCACCGCUUCCGUUCGUGCAAGAAUCGUUUGGUUUUGACGAUGUUUGCGCGGCCCAGCGACCACUCACGCUGACGUUCGCACCACUGUCGAGUCUCUUUGCCAUGGCGGUGACGCCGACGGCGUAUGGCCCGUCGAUCUGCCGCCAAGUCGCACAUACAGAAGAGAGCUUGUGCUCGAGUGCAUUCACGGCCUUGUCGGCUGCGUUUGCCGAGCUCAGCUACGUGGUCAAGCCCGCGCCGAUCGCGUCGUCUCUCGGUCUCAUGCAGUUUCUCAGCGUCAACAGCAGUCAACCGACGAUCGAGGUACUGCCGCUGCUUGACCCGUCCUUUGCCUUCUUUGGCGGCAUCUACCUCUACGACUGGGUUCACGAUGAUCGAGAAGCUGUCGCUUUCCAAGGCGACGCGACAACGUUGACCCUCAUCUCCAAGCAGUACGCGCGUCAAAUGUUAUCGCCAACACCGAUCUCGACCGACUUGAGUGCGUACCUCUAUCGCUGCGCUGCCAUCACGACGAUCGGUGUACUUGUUGUCGCUAGCGUGCUCUUUUUGCUCGGGCUCUACCAUCGACCUUUGCACACCGAGUGGUUUUACUUGCAUCGGCUUUUGGGACCUGUGUGGUUGAGCCGCAGUAUCCUCGCGGGCCGCAGCGUCGCUGCGACCAUUGGCUUGGCGACGACCGACGUUGUUGUUCAGAGCCAGUUGUCGAUGACGCACGCACUGCACGCCUCGACCAAGUCGCUCGUCACGACGUGUCUCCUCGCGGGCGAAGUGCUUUGGCUGACCUAUUUGGCACAUGACAUUUUGCACCCGGUGCUGCAAAAGAGGACGCAUCAGUACGCGUCUCUGACCUCGCUCGUCGCUUGGCUCCUACUCGUUGGCUCCACGCAGCUCGCGCCGCUUCCAUUCCGCUCGGGCUUGCGCCGCGAGUGCUUGGCUAUCAAUGUGGAUGAAAUGGUCUACUGUAACAGCGGCACUGUCGACGUUGGCACCGUUCAACGGACACUUUUCCUUGUAUUUUUGCCCAUCAGUGUCGUCGCGAGCGGCGCGCUUCUCGCUCUGUGCUGUAAAUCCCAGAAAAUUCCGAUCGUGCCACUUGGGAUGCCCAGCGCUCGACUAGUCCCGUCGCUCGUGCUACCCGUGGCCGCCGUCGCCUUCCUCCACGAGCGCCAGCCCAACAUUGCCCACACGGCUUUGGAUGCGCUCACCUCAGCGUGCUGCGGACUCUUUCAUUUUGAGUUUCGAGGCAAGAUGUACCUCUUCGAUAUGAAAUCAUGGCUCCUCGUCCCGUCCGCGUCCUUUGGCUUUGCGACGCCGGUGCUGCACCGGCGCACGACGACAACGUCGCUUGUUUUGCCGCAUGUCCAGACUCAUGCAACACCGUCCACCCAUUCUCCGCCACCGACGCGCUCGAAGGCGUGGAUCGCUCGCACGUACCAGAGCGUUCGCCGAUACAUGGGCAUUCCGAGUCUCCUGCUCUCACUUUUUAGCAAUGUGGCCUACUUGGGCGUUGCGCAGUCGAAUCUCGCCAACGACUAUGGCUGGGCGGGCUUCAACGCCACGGGCACGUACGCUUUUCUCGGGAAUCUCUUCAAUCGACGGCUCCUGACCCACUCGUUUGACGAUGGAUUCAUGCUGAACGACCCCGCUUUUGCCGACACUUCGCAGCUAUACAACCUCAGCGUUGGCGCCAUUCGCGUCAGUGGCCACGCCGCGCGGCGACAGCUCUUCUCGCCUGACGUUGCACUGGAAGACGUCGUCGCCAACCUCCGGCGCAUGGAUCCGUGCCGCUUGCCGUGGAUGUUUACGCAAUACUGCUUUGUCGACCUUGGUCGGCGCUGGUCGCUCGCGAGCUCGUCUGCGCGGGAAGCGCGGUGCCGCUCGCGGUAUGUGUCGAAUGGCGCCGUUUAUUUGGAGACGAGCCUUGGCAACGUCAUGCGCUGGGACGACUGGACGCAGUGCUGGGGCACGUCGUUUGAGGUGGGCAUUGCGACGGCGCUCGCCACGUCGGUCGAUGGCCGCGACUGGCUCCGUGCGAUUCAAAGCAAUGCGAGAAGUUGCGUCGACGAAGCGGCCUACUGGCGCCAGGCCGGCGUCGCUGGGUUCACGCUGCAGUGGCAAAACUUCAAGACGACGGGCUUCUCGGAUGCGUUCUACAUUGAGAAUGCACUGGGAUUGCAGUAUGCGCUGCCGCUGAGCAAUACGCCAGGCGCGUACCACCUCACGCAGCAAAACUCGAUGCGCAUGUACUGGAGCUUUGCCAGCGACCUCUGGGCCAUUUCGACUAACGCGACACUGCUCGGGAGGGCCAGCCUCGUGCGCCAGAGUCCGAUGUUCGCCUACGCCAACACGACGCCGAUUGCGGUGUUGUUCCAGAACCUGACGCUCGUGCCGCCGUUGAACGCAGGCCUCGUGAGCUUGGAAACGCAUCUUGGACCAUUUGGCAAUGUCGACAUGAUCUAUGUGCCGGUGCCGUCGUCGCUCUCGGCGCUCUACGCCAACUUUACGGGCAGCCUCGCGCGUCUCUUGGUCGCCAACGAAAGCGCAGCGAUUUUGUUUUCGAACCUUCCAGCUCGACCCUACAUUAUUGAAGUGCCGGGGAGUCUCUUGGCGCAGAGCAAGGAGCUCAUGUCCAUGGGGGGACGUCUCAUGUGUGGGAAUGACGCGCCGCCGUAUCCGUUCAUGUAUGGGAUCGCUACGCUCUUCGGUACCUCCAGCAUGUGCUACGCCUUGUUUCCUGAGCUGAUGCAGCCCACGUCUUCACAGCUCCUCUUUGCGUUACUGGGCUACAGCGCACACGUCGGGGUGCUUGAUAUGGACGCGAUCUGCAGCCUGGACACCUCCGCGACAGCUUCGUGCGCAAGCGACUAUUUAGAGACCUGGGGGCUUCUAGCCACUUAUCCCGAAGUGUUUGACCCGCUUCACGCAGCUGCCACACUCGUGUACGAUCUUGUCGACGCGCACAACGUGUCUCUCGUCCAGUACCUCCAAAACGCCACAUCGGGUGAAGUCUUUCUAUUUGCAAUCAACAUUCUCGCACCCGAAGUCGGUUGGCCAUACUACGGCUGGUGCCUCCUCUAUGAAUGGGCGACCGGUGUCCGUGAAGUUGUCAUGUACGAGGGUGACGUCGGCCGCAUCACGGCCCUCUCAGCACCGCUGCCGUUCGACUCAAUCUCACCGAGCCCCGACGCGAUUGCACAUAGUCUCUCGCUCGUGUGCCAAGGGUGCGUCCAGUACAUUACGGUGGUGCUCAUUGCGCUAGCGUCGGGUGCGAUAUUGACGGCACUCUGGCACCGCGGUUUUGUCGAGACGGUCAAUCUCAUGGUCUUGACGCGUCUCGGCGGCUUGGUCUGGAUCGGACGGCCAUUCUUGCUCGUUCGCAGUCUCACGGCCGUGUGGCUCCUCAACACGAGCCCUCUCUUCCUCGUGCAGACCCACGGGCAUUUCACGCGGUUUGAGUCCCCGCAUUUGGUGUGGUACAACACGGUCCUUGCCGCGUCCGAGCUAACGUGGAGUGUUUUUAUCCUCAACGACGUAUUCAGCUGCGUCACGCAAGAGUAUACGGCGCUCUACUCGUCCCACAGCACGAAUGCAGCGUGGCUCGCAGCGAUUCUUUGGACGGUCCAGUGGCCACAACAGCAUGUGGCACGUCUACACCGAUCGUGCACUGCGAUUGAUAUGGACUUUGCCAUCGACUGUCGUAGCGGCAGUGUUCAGAUCGGCAAUGUCACCCGGAUGUUUGUCGGCUACGGCAUCGGCGCGAUCGCUGCGUUGGUCUCGUACACGGUUGCCCGGCUCGUGCACCCACGGGUUGUUCCCAACCACGCAAACUCGCUCCUCUUGAAUGCGCAAUGCAUGUUCAUGCUCCACAGUGCACACCAUGAAGGUGGCGUGUUUUUAGACAAGAUGUCGGCGCUGAUUGCAGGCGUCGUGUCAUGGGAACACAGCGGCGUGCUACAUCUGCUGGACGUCAAGACGUGGCGGUACCUCCGCGUGGAGCGUGACGGAAAACACGCAACCUUGCCGGCCCGCGUGCGCGGCGCCAUUCCGCUCGCAAGCGUCUAGUCUAGUAAGCUGAGUCAAUCUCAUAGUAAAUAAAUUCCAAUACACUUCUGCGAUGGGCGAAGCGAAGUGCACGC